UAUAAUCGUACCAGACUUAUUAUGCUAAUACUAAAUAAAACAGAUCUGACUCCAGCUUCAUUUAUUCUGAAUGGAAUCCCAGGACUGGAAGACAUUCAGGUCUGGAUUUCCUUCCCAUUCUGCUCCAUGUAUGUUGUGGCUAUGGUUGGGAAUUGUGGACUCCUCUACCUAAUCCGCUAUGAGGACGCCCUGCACAGGCCCAUGUACUACUUCUUGGCCAUGCUUUCCCUCACUGACCUUGUCAUGUGCUCUAGUACAAUCCCUAAAGCCCUCUGCAUCUUCUGGUUUCAGUUCAAGGAAAUUCGAUUUGACGAAUGCCUGGUCCAGAUGUUUUUCAUCCAUACCUUCACAGGGAUGGAGUCUGGGGUGCUCAUGCUCAUGGCCCUGGACCGCUAUGUGGCCAUCUGCUACCCUCUACGCUAUUCAACCAUCCUCACCAAUCCUCUCAUUGCAAAGAUUGGGCUUACCACAUUCUUGAGAGGAGUAUUACUCAUUCUACCUUUUACUUUCCUCACAAAGCGCCUGCCUUAUUGCAGGGGCAACAUAAUUCCCCAUACCUAUUGUGAUCACAUGUCUGUAGCCAAAUUAUCCUGUGGCAAUGUGAAGGUCAAUGCCAUUUAUGGUCUGAUGGUUGCUCUCCUGAUUGGGGGCUUUGACAUCCUGUGUAUUACAGUCUCCUACACCAUGAUCCUCUGGACAGUGAUCAGCCUCUCAUCGGCAGAUGCUCGGCAGAAGGCCUUCAGCACCUGCACUGCCCACAUCUGUGCCAUUGUUUUCUCCUAUAGUCCAGCUUUCUUCUCCUUCUUUUCCCACCGCUUUGGGGGCCACACAAUCCCUCCAUCUUGCCACAUCAUUGUAGCCAAUAUUUACCUGCUCCUGCCUCCCACCAUGAAUCCUAUUGUCUAUGGGGUGAAAACCAAGCAGAUAAGAGACUGUGUCAUGAGGAUCCUUUCAGGUUCUAAAGAUACCAAGUCCCACAGCAUAUGAAUGGACUCUGCCAGGA